UUCUCUCUCCCCCCUCCUGUCGUGGGAAGCUCAAUGCAGCUGUACACCAGUAGCCUACUCUUUGGGAGGAAUGACGAAAAGGAACACACAAAAUAGAAUUUUAAGCUAUUCCAUAAGCUCGUCGACCAAGCUGACCUAUGCUCUAACAAAAACAGCGUUUUAACAUGAGAAGAUGGGGAUGUACAGCCCUCCUUUUGUCCGCAUCUGACUAAGCUGAAUAAUUCAUUUUCCGCGUCAGUUCAGUCGCCUAUCUUGCUUUUGUGAAUGUCUGUUCACGUAGGCUACUUUUCUUUCGUUCUUUCCGAGUAGCCUAUUACCUUAGUGUGACAACGCACUGACAAUCCUACAGACUGCAGAAUCUGACAGAAGGAGCUUGUCAAAAAUUGCGUGCAAAGGGUGAGUAAAAUGGAAAGGAUUGUAUCGAUUUUUCCAGAAUUCACCAAACUCAACCAAAGCAAAUUCUAAAAUUUUGUAGAUUUUGUGGACGUAUUGUUUUUAAGGGCAUCAUUUUCACGAUUUUCCGGUUGGGUUUUUUUGACUGGUGAGUGUUUGACUCCCCAACCAAUACCCCCCCUCCCCUCGAAGUAAUUUCAAUGCAGACGGUCCUUUGAAUGCAUUUAUAACUGAAAUACCUCAAGGACGUACAAUGGUCUGGGUUAUAGGCCUACACAAUAAUAUGCGUUUGAAGGAGGACAGUAUGACUGGAAGGGGCGCUGGGGCUGAUAUUUGAAACCACUGCGAUACUGACGUCUCAAUGGGAACAGUGCGUCUCCAUGCUCUGCCGAUUUUCGCUGUAAUCGGAUCAGAGAAAUACAUUAUAACCACUUUGGGUUGCUAAAUGGUUCACUGGGGGAUUUUAAAGGCAAAAUGCUGCUGCUUGUUCUUUUGGCACUUUCUGUAUCAAGAUCCUUUUCUAACUUGGAUUCUGGCCUUUCCACGGAGACCUGCAGUGCUUGUUCGUGUAUGUCCAUUGAAAAUGUCCUUUAUGUGAACUGUGAGAAAAUAACUGUUUACAGACCUACAGAGCUGCAGCCACCUGCAACUUCUAGCCUGUACCACCUAAAUUUUCAAAAUAACCUCCUAUACAUUCUUUAUCCUAAUUCCUUUCUGAAUUUUACGCAUGCAGUAUCGCUACAGCUGGGAAACAACAAAUUACAGAACGUCGAAGGAGGCGCCUUUUUUGGGCUGAGUGCACUAAAGCAGCUGCACUUAAAUAACAAUGAAUUAACAGAGCUACGUACUGACACUUUCCGUGGAAUCGAGAACUUGGAAUACCUCCAGGCCGACUACAAUUUAAUCAAAUUUAUUGAAAAGGGAGCCUUCAACAAACUACACCGACUCAAAGUUGUUAUCCUUAAUGACAAUCUCGUCCAGAUCUUACCAGAAAACAUUUUUCGCUUUGCUUCGCUCACACAUUUGGAUAUUAGAGGAAACAGGAUACAACGGCUCCCUUACCUUGGACUUUUGGAGCAUAUCGGUAGAAUCGUGGAGUUGCAGCUUGAUGACAACCCAUGGAAUUGCACUUGUGAAUUAUUGCCUUUAAAGGCCUGGCUGGAAAACAUGCCCUACAAUAUUUUCAUUGGUGAGGCUGUAUGUGAAACCCCCAGUGACUUAUACGGACGACUUUUGAAAGAGACAAAUAAACAAGAACUGUGUCCCAUGGGAGAAGGUAGUGAUUUUGAUGUCAGAAUGCCACCCUCCCAUCCUGAGAAUGACCAGGCGACGUCUAAUGUUGCACCAACCACAAUAGCAUCAACAGCUACCAAAGUACCCAAAACAACCAGCUCUUCAAAGAUUUACGGUAAUGGAAUUGUUGCUGGUAUUCCAUUUGGUAAAAAUGGUCAAAUUAUUUCCUAUCAAACCAGAGUCCCACCCCUCUCCUGUCCACAGCCAUGCACGUGCAAGGCUCAUUCAUCUGACUUUGGGAUUAGUGUCAGCUGCCAGGAAAGGAAUAUCAACAGUUUAGCAGAUAUUGCACCCAAGCCACAAAAUUCCAAGAAGUUGCAUCUCAGUGGUAAUUAUAUAAAGGAUCUCAGUCCAUUCGAUUUCCAGGGGUUUGAGGGCUUAGACCUGCUCCAUCUGGGCAGUAAUCAAAUAGCUGCGGUUCAAAAGGGAGUCUUUGCCAAUUUGACCAACCUAAGGAGACUAUAUCUAAACGGAAAUCUGCUUGAGCAGCUCCAUCCUGAGAUGUUCAUCGGCCUUUCCAACCUCCAAUAUUUGUUCUUGGAAUUCAAUGCCAUAAAGGAGAUAUUAGCUGGAACGUUUGAUUCCAUGCCAAGUCUUCAACUCUUAUAUCUUAACAAUAAUGUCCUUAGGAGUAUGCCUGCCUACGUAUUUGCUAAUGUUCCCCUGGCUCGACUGAAUCUGAAAUAUAACCAGUUUAUGAAUUUGCCUGUGAGUGGUGUUUUGGAUCAGCUCAGGUCGCUCACUCAGAUAGAUCUGGAGGGGAAUCCAUGGGAGUGUUCGUGUGAUUUAGUGGCUUUGAAGCUCUGGCUGGAGAAGCAGAAUGGGCAGGUCGCCGUAAAAGAGGUCAAAUGUGCGUCUCCUUUACAGUUCUUUAACAUAGAACUUCGCAAUCUUAAGAAUGAAAUUCUGUGCCCCAAGCUUCUAGCACAACCCCCCCUUAUACUGACCAGUUCCAUGCCCAUGCAUACAUCAGUGGUCUCAGCAGGUAUGGGUAAGGCCUCCCCCGGAGGCCCAGUACCUCUGUCCAUCAUGAUUCUUAGCAUCUUGGUGGUUCUAAUUCUCACUGUUUUUGUUGCCUUCUGCCUCCUUGUCUUCGUGCUGAGGCGCAACCAGAAGCCAGCUGUGAGACAAGAGGGUUUGGGAAACCAAGAAUGUGGCACCAUGCCAAUUAAGUUACGACGACACAACCAUAAAUACAACCGAAACGAUGAUCUAGGCGGGGAGACAUUCAUCCCUCAGACCAUAGAACACAUGAGUAAGAGUCACACCUGCGGGAUCAGAGACUCUGAAUCAGGUUUUAAGUACACUGACUCUCAGAGACAGAAAAUAAUCCUGUGCAAUAGCACUGACAGAGACAAAGAGUGUCUUCCCCUGGACCCCAGGAAGAGGCUGAGCACUAUCGAUGAGUUGGAUGAAUUUCUUCCAGGAAGGGAUUCUUCCAUGUCCCUUCACAACUACUUAAAGAACAAAAGGGAUUUCAAUACUAUAGGUGUAAGUGGAUUUGAGAUCCGUUACCCUGAGAAAACCCAGGACAAAAAAGGGAAAAAGUCUUUAAUAGGGGGUAACCACAGUAAGAUUGUAGUGGAGCAGCGCAAAAGUGAAUAUUAUGAACUAAAAGCAAAACUGCAAGGUACACCUGACUACCUUCAAGUGUUAGAAGAACAAACGACCAUGAGUCAAAUUUAGUCAUUAACCACCAUCCUUCUUUUCUUUAGUCAAAAGUGCCUUCUGGAAAAACAUGGACUGGAGCAUUACGGAUGGGAGUAAAAAAACUAGAACCUGUAGUUGUGUUACAGAUCUGAAUCCUUUUACCAUUGUGAUGAUCUUAUAAUUUUAUAAAUGAUAUCAUAUGAUGAGACAUGCAUUGAAUUUAAUUGUGGUGUAGCUGCUAUCAGAAUGGGUUCUUUCUUUCUUUCUUUCUUUCUUUGAUCUGAAUUUCCUGUCUUUUUUCUCUUUCUUCUUCUGUACACCAAAUCAAUGGAUAUUUGAAAGUGUGUUGUGUUUACCUUUGCAAUUUAUGUAUAUCAACUAAGUUUCUUUUUUGAACAAUUCAUAGGGUGCUGUAGCUAAUUUAACAAACGGGGCUGUUCAAUUUGUCUCUGCGACUGAGUUGCAGUAAUUUAUAAUCUCUCCAUCAUGGUAACAGUUUGCCCUUGAUAAAUUGUAAUACUAGUUAAAUUUCGUCACUCGGAAAGCUGUUAAAAUGGGAUAUAUAAAUCCAUGAACUAUUUCUGCAAAGAAUCAUUUCAUCAUUAUUCUCAUAAAUGUCAUUGCUCUUGAGGUGUUUGGGUAUGGCAUAUAAAUGGACAUUUCAUCAGCCCAAGUGAAGAAGCUGCUUGCCAUGUAAGCGUAUAUGAAUUUAUUUUGUAAGUUGACAUUGUUUGUAUUUGUUGUGCAGUUUGUAAAUUACAAUGGUCAACAAUGGAAGAAAUAAUCCCAUGAAGAAUCAUAUUGUGUCAAGAACAGAAAAAUCUAAUUAUCAUGUUUUAUGAUCACCAUCAACUGUAAAUGCAUAGUGCAAUUACAUUCAUAUUUAAUUUAUUUUUCUAUGCAGAAUUAUUUAAAGAAUAUAUACUAUUUAAAUAUCAAGGAACAUAUAGAAUGCUUAACACUAUUUGGGCUUUGUCUAUAGAGCCAUGAAUUACUUAUCUAAAACUUUGUUUCAAAUGGAGUUACUGUAUGGAAUUGUCUACUGAUAUGAUAAGAGGACAAUGAUUUACCAUAUUUUGAAUUUUACUGUAUGUUUGCAUGAGCUGAUGCUUCAUAGUUUCAGUCUUAUUGUUUUUUUUUUACUGUUUUUUUUUUUUUACAUCCCAGAGAAAGUUGUACAAGGUUUCGUACGCAACCAAAAGAGUGCAUUAAAGUGAAAUACUUUGAAAUUUCUGUGAAACAGGAUUUCAGUUUAAACUGCAACUGUGUGUAAUAUAUCAAAAUUAUUUUUGAAGUGUAUGGCUAUGAAAUGAGAUAGGGGGUAUACUAUUUUGAAUACUUCAGAAGCAUUUGUGUGUUCACAUAGUAUUUGAAAUACAAUGUGUUUAACAUAGCUUUUGAUGAAGUCAGAAUUAUAUAUCACACCAUGUGCAAUAUGAAAAUGCUCAAUAGUAUUAGCUUAAAUUCUUUUUUUGUAACUGCUUGUAAAAGUAAAUAUUGUAGAGAUUUUCAGAUAUUCAGAAAUCUUCAUCAACUUGAUUUUAUUUCAUCCUUUAAGAUAUUGUUAAGUUAAUCAGUGUUUGACAUAGAAUGUACCUUGAAAGACACAAAUAAAUACAGUUUUAUAUCUGUCUGUUUAUUGUUUAAUUAUAAUUGUAUGUUCAAGUAAAGUUAUUGAUAUUAGUAUUACUUUUGAUAACUAGUAUAGUUAUUUGCAUGGUGCUUAUGUCUUUGAAAUGUGUUCACACUGCAUGAUGCUGCCACUGCAUUCUUGGUGCCUUAUCUGAUUUUCAAGGCCAUAGAAUAGAACUGCUUCAGUUAGUAGAUUUCCACAGAAGUGCUAUUUAUACAGCUCUUCAACACUUGGGUGGAGUUGCAAUGAAAGAUGUAAAUGUAUAUGCUUAAGCCAAAUGAAAAGGUAAUGUAUUAUGCACAUUCAGUGCAUUGUAAACGUCAGAUAUUAUGCACGCUUGCUAUUUGAUAAUACAUUUGGUAGUGAGGGGAAAAAAAUUCCUACUCAUUCAAACUAGGCAAUUUCUUUGGAGAUCUAAAGAACAUAGGGCACAUGUAAAAUAUUAUAUACAUACUUUAAUGCUUUAAUAUAGUUCUGCAAAUAUCCAUUUCAAAGUUUCAAUAAAUGUUAGUCUAGUAAUACAAUGUUAAGUCAUGUAUUAUUUACAAUUAAGACUAAUUCUAUGUCAUUAAAACACAUCAGAAAUACAUGUAAAAAAAAAAA